ACUUGGCGCGAGGCACUACCGUGCCUCUUGAUAGUCCACUAGCCAAACCAACUGCUACUACGUCGCGGCAAUCAUGGUUAUAUUUCGAAGCGUACAAAUCAAUGAAUAUCUUCGCAAUAAUUACAAACCGUUUAAUCUGUUGUACGCGUUCCGUCAGACACCCUUUGGGAAAUGUCUCAUCGCUAUAACCGACGUCGACGAGGAUGUGGCAUAUCUAGCAUUCGUCGACGAGAACGAAGAAGCUACGAAGAAGCAGAAAGCCUUGGAAAUUCUGCGAACGAAAUGGCGAAUGACUGAGACAGUAGAAGAUAUCGAGAAUAAAACGUUAAGAAUUAUUGAGAAAAUCUUUUAUUCCGACAUGUCUCAGCUUGAGUCCGUUUCCGUCCUUGCGUUGGGCACGGAGUUUCAAAUCAAGGUAUGGAAAUCUCUUCUAGAUGUAUCUCCUGGAACAUUCGCCACGUAUGAAGAUAUCGCGCGAAUGAUAGAUCAUCCGAAAGCUGUGCGUGCGGUAGGAAAUGCAGUUGCUGGAAACAAUAUCGGGUAUCUGGUGCCGUGCCAUCGUGUGAGACAUAAAUGUGGCAUCGACAAGUAUGGUUGGGGUGAGCAACGAAAGAAAGCCAUCCAACAAUACGAAAUCGACAUGCUUGAUGCAAAAGACUAUAAAAAUUAAAUUGCUCUCUGUAUAUAUGUUUCUACGAUAUAUGUUUUGUUUCUGUUUAGCUAAAAUAUUUACG